UUUCAGCAAUUUUUCCAGCUAGUCAAAUUACGAAAGCUUGGACUUAGUGAUAAUGAAAUUCAGCGGCUCCCUCCAGAAAUAGCAAACUUCAUGCAGCUGGUGGAACUUGAUGUGUCCCGAAAUGGUAAGAAAAAGAUUCCACUUGAAUUCUGCCAGGACCUCCAAACCCUGACUUUUAGAGGUGACAUGCUGACACGAUUACCAGAAAGCUUCCCUGAAUUACAGAACUUGACAUGUCUUUCUGUCAAUGACAUCUCCUUACAGUCCCUACCUGAAAACAUUGGCAAUCUUUAUAACCUGGCUUCACUGGAACUGAGAGAGAAUCUUCUUACAUAUCUUCCUGACUCUCUUACUCAGCUACGGAGACUAGAAGAACUUGACUUAGGAAACAAUGAAAUAUACAAUUUGCCAGAAUCAAUCGGAGCUCUCGUACAUCUAAAGGAUCUUUGGUUGGAUGGAAAUCAACUUUCAGAAUUACCUCAGGAAAUAGGAAAUCUGAAGAACCUGCUGUGCUUAGAUGUCUCUGAAAACAGGUUGGAAAGACUUCCUGAAGAAAUCAGUGGCCUGACUUCAUUAACAGAUUUAGUCAUUUCCCAGAACUUACUGGAAACGAUUCCGGAUGGCAUUGGAAAACUAAAGAAGCUGUCGAUCUUGAAGGUGGAUCAGAACAGACUAACACAGUUGCCUGAAACAAUUGGUGACUGUGAGAGCCUCACUGAAUUGGUUCUCACAGAAAACCGACUCCUGACCUUACCUAAGAGCAUUGGAAAACUUAAGAAGCUGAGCAACUUGAAUGCAGACAGAAAUAAAUUAGUGUCUUUACCAAAAGAGAUCGGUGGGUGCUGCAGCCUCACUGUGUUCUGCGUGCGGGACAACAGACUGACCCGGCUCCCUGCUGAGGUGUCACAGGCCGCAGAGCUUCACGUCCUGGAUGUGGCAGGGAACAGGUUGUCGCAUCUGCCCUUGUCUCUCACGGCCUUGAAGUUGAAGGCUUUGUGGUUAUCUGACAACCAGUCCCAGCCUCUGCUCACGUUCCAGACAGACACAGACCUCAGCACAGGAGAGAAGAUUUUAACCUGUGUCUUACUUCCUCAGCUGCCUUCUGAACCUACUUGCCAAGAGAACCUGCCUCGCUGUGGGGCCCUGGAGAGCCUGGUGAAUGACGUCUCCGACGAGGCCUGGAACGAGCGGGCAGUACACAGAAUCAGUGCAAUCCGAUUUUUGGAAGAUGAAAAAGAUGAAGAAGACAACGAAAUGAGAACACUUCAGAGGCGGGCCACGCCACACCCGGGGGAGCUAAAGAACAUGAAAAAGACAGAGGAGAAUUUGGGGAAA